UUGUUUUGGUAAUUAAAGUGACCGUUACUGGGCUUUGUUACAAGACUACUCGAGUGCCCAGACGAUUGAAGGUUUUUUCACAGUAGCAUCAGGGUAAUCGGGGCAGAUAGCAUUAACGGUUGGCUCGGCGCUCGACUGUGGCCGACCGCAAGCAUGACGAGCGCCAACUGCGCUCUCGUGCUGCUCUUGCUGGUUCCCGCUGUACUUACACAGGACUACGAUGUAACGGACAUCCAAUGCACAUUCUCGAGCGGCGGCACGGGCCUGCGGGACUCAGUGACGGCCCUGCUAAGGAAGCCCGAGGGCUUCCGUGGAGCCCCGCUGUUUGCUGAUGACCGCGCCACGGACCCCGUCGCCGACCUCGUCUGUCAGAUCCGGCCGGAGCCGGAGGACCCCACGGGGCUCCUUUACAGGCUCCGGAUAACGGACUUUACGAGAUGCGGAGUACUGAAGCGGAAUGGCUUCGUGCACGUGCGCGUAUGGUUCCCGCAGUUCCCGGGCGUAGUCAUGCAGUCUGACCAGGAGCUGAUCAUCAUGUGCAAGCCGCCCGAGCCCACUAUCAUCGAGAACAAGGCCGCCGGCUUCGCUGGGAGCUUCCCACACGGCGCGCGAGUGUCUGGCGUAGUGGAGGAGACGCCCGGCCGGCUAGAGUACGAAGUGGCGCUGUACAAGGAGGCGCCGCCGGUGUCGCGGCACACCAACCAUUCCGUCGACCUGCCCGUCGAUCAGGCGGUACCCAUCGGCACGAAGCUGCAGCUGCGCGCGCGCAUAAACCCGGAGUCUGCAUGGCGGCACAUAAAACUGCUAGAAGUGGCUGUGUCGCCGGACCCGGACCGGCCGCACGCGCCCGGCGCCGUGCUGCUCGUCAAAGAGGGUUGCCGAAACCGCGACUUUGCGUCCAUCAUCCCGCACCAACCGGCGAGAUAUCGCGAGCGCCACAAUGAGGUGUUUCUCGACUUUGAGGCGUUUCUCCUUGCCUCCAUGAAGGAGCGCUCCACCCUGUGGAUACACUCACAGAUCAAGGCCUGCAUGGACGCUGCAGACUGCCAGCCGGAUUACUGUCUAGACUUGUUCGAGCCAUCUGGUCAUGGCCGUCGCCGCAGAUCGCUCCCUGACGCGUCGCACAUACACAACAUAACCAGCGCUGCCAUGGUCGCGGACAACGGGACCACGCCGUUCACGAGGUUCAAGGAGAACCUCGAGUACACGGUCGUGAUGCCGGGGGAGCUGUUCCACCGGACGCCGCUGGAGGGCACGUGUGCCACCUCCAUGAUGGUCGCUGCGGCGUUAGGCGCCUUGCUAUUCAUGUCAGCUUUGCUGAUGUGUUACCUGGCCACACGCUUGAACUCCACAAUGCUCAAAAACAACAGUUUACAAGCGCCGUCGGGCAAAAGCUUCGAACAAAUUCUUAGGGAGCUGGCACACCACUCACUCCCUGACUCUGGAUACACAGGGCGUCCCACCUUACAGUGAA